CGCAAAUCAACCCAGCCCAAAUGCGCCGGGCCGCCGCCGCCGUGGCGGCGCCGCUGGCGACGGACCCGGAGCUCCUGGCGGCGGCGGUCGAGACGGCGAUCGCCUCCCGCUCUCCGCGACUCGGACGCGCGGCGCACGCGCGUGCCCUCAGGCUGCUCGCCCCGGCCAUCCCGCCCUUCAUCCGCGCCCACCUCGUCAACCUCUACUCCAAGCUCGACCUCCCGGGGCCCGCUGCAGCCGCGCUGGCUUCCGAUCCGAGCCCCACCGUCGUGUCGUACACGGCGUUCAUAUCUGGCGCAUCGCAGCACGGGCGCCCGGCCCAGGCGCUCUCGGCCUUCGCCGCCAUGCUCCAGCUCGGCCUCCGCCCCAACGACUUCACCUUCCCAUCCGCAUUCAAGGCCGCCGCGUCCGCGCCGUCGCGGUCCACCAUCGGGCCCCAGGUGCACGCCCUCGCGCUCAGGUUCGGGUACCUCCCUGACGACGCCUUCGUGGCGUGCGCGGCGCUGGACAUGUACUUCAAGACUGGCCGCCUCGCGUUAGCACGCCGGCUGUUCGAGGAAAUGCCCUACAGGAACGUGGUCGCCUGGAACGCGGUGAUGACUAACGCGGUGCUUGAUGGGAGGCCCCUUGAGACAGUGGAGGCGUAUUUUGGGCUCCGGGAGGCUGGUGGGAUGCCGAAUGUGGUCUCGGUUUGUGCAUUCUUCAAUGCGUGUGCUGGGGCGACAUAUCUAUCCCUUGGGGAGCAGUUCCAUGGCUUCGUGGUGAAGUGUGGGUUUGAGACGGAUGUCUCCAUCUCCAAUUCCAUGGUUGAUUUUUAUGGGAAGUGUCGAUGUGUGGAGAAGGCCAAGGCAGUGUUUGAUGGCAUGGGAAUACGGAACAACGUGUCCUGGUGUUGUAUGGUUGUUGCAUAUGCGCAGAAUGGUGGAGAGGAGGAAGCUUUAUCUGUCUACCUGGGUGCAAGAAGAGCUGGGGAAGAGCCAACGGAUUUCAUGGUUUCCAGUGUGCUCACCACGUGUGCGGGAUUGCUAGGCCUUGACCAAGGGCGUGCUCUGCAUGCAGUUGCUGUCCGUUCUUGCAUUGAUGCAAACAUUUUUGUUGCAAGUGCGUUGGUUGACAUGUAUGGGAAAUGUGGGGGCAUAGAAGAUGCUGAACAGGUCUUUCUGGAUAUGCCACAGAGAAAUCUUGUUACAUGGAAUGCGAUGGUAGGAGGUUAUGCCCACAUUGGUGACGCUUGGAAUGCACUUGCAGUGUUUGAUGAUAUGAUAGAGUGUGGAGAAACAGCACCCAAUUACAUCACACUUGUCAAUGUACUCGCAGCAUGCAGCAGAGGAGGUUUGACAAAGGAAGGAUAUGAGCUGUUCAAGACAAUGAAUGAUAGGUUUGGGAUUAAGCCACGAAUUGAGCAUUAUGCUUGUCUGGUGGACCUGCUUGGUCGUGCAGGAAUGGAAGAGCAAGCUUAUGAGAUCAUACAGGGGAUGCCGAUGAGGCCUUCCAUUUCUGUCUGGGGAGCGCUACUUGGGGCAUGCAAGAUGCAUGGUAAAACAGAGCUAGGAAAGAUAGCUGCUGAGAAGUUGUUUGAACUUGAUCCUCAGGACUCUGGCAAUCAUGUUUUGCUCUCUAACAUGUUAGCAUCUGCUGGCAGAUGGGCAGAAGCAACAGAUGUAAGGAAGGAGAUGAAAAAUGUUGGAAUCAAGAAAGAUCCAGGGCGCAGCUGGAUUACCUGGAAAAAUGUUGUGCAUGUUUUUCAGGCUAAGGACACAAAACAUGAGAUGAGUAAUGAGAUCCAGGCGUUACUGGCCAAGCUCAAAAGUCAAAUGCAAGCUGCUGGGUACAUGCCAGACACACAAUAUGCUCUCUACGAUCUCGAGGAAGAAGAGAAGGAAUCAGAGGUGUUUCAACAUAGUGAAAAGCUUGCUCUGGCUUUUGGAUUGAUCUGUAUACCACCUGGUGUACCUAUAAGGAUCAUGAAGAAUUUGCGAAUUUGUGUAGAUUGUCACCGAGCUUUUAAGUUCAUAUCUGGUAUUGUUGGUAGGGAGAUAAUUGUGCGGGACAACAAUAGGUUUCAUCACUUCAAAAAUUAUGAGUGCUCAUGCAAGGAUUAUUGGUGAAAGUUUUAUCUACAGGAUCAAGUGAUGCAUGCUUCUUUGGGCAUUUCUGGAACCAUUUCUGCAAAUAUAGAAGAAGGUAUUGGUAACUCAUUGCUAUGAUGUUAGAGAUAUUAGUGCAGCUGGAAGCUAUAGAAGUGUGACAUCAAACAUGUAAACUGCAGAAUCAGAUGGAAAUGGACCGGCUGGCCAAAUUUAUUCAGGUUUCAGCUCCAGCUGUGGUUGGCGAAUGCUAUCAAGAUGGGAAAUAGGAACAAACAACAACAACAACAACAACAACAACAACAUAGCCUUUUUUCCCAAGCAAGUUGGGGUAGGCCAAGAUGGGAAAUAGGACCACAGAAAAAUAGACUGGCAAAUCAGAACAAGGGACUAGCAAUAUCCUCAGUUGGUUCCAACAUUUGGCAUGGUGCAGGAAGUGCAAUCAUUGGCUGUGGAGCACUAACGCCCAGCAUGUUUCUUGCAGCCUUGCAGGUAUCUUGGAGAGCGGUCUCGAAGAAAUGAAGCGCACAUCAUGCUCAGUGUAUUCCGAGCUCUGUGAUGUCGGUAAAUGUAGUCUAGGAAAAGAGGUGUGCUACUGGCUCAGCUCAGCAAUCCAUGAUGUUCCUUCGAUGUUGAAACACUGUGUGGUACUUUCUCAGCUCUGCCUUCCAUGAUGUUCCACGGUGUUGGAAUGCUGCUGGUACAUUGAUAGUGUCUCAUCUCUCAGCCACCCAUGAUAUUCCAUGGUGUUGGAAUGCUGCAUGGUACAUUGGUAUAAUGGUAUUUGGUAGUGUCUCAUCUCAGCCACCCAUGAUGUACCUUGGGUCUUGAAACACUGAUGACUGAGAGUGCUAGGUGUUGAAACACUGAUGAUUGCGGGUGCUGGGCGACAUAGUUCUAACCUGUAGAAACGGUAAUAGGAAAUGCACUGACUAUUCAAGCUUGUAAAUGCACGAUGUACUAUAGUCACACAUUAUGUUUAGGAAGUACGACUAUGAUCAUCAGCUUAAUUUUCAAAUAAAUAUUCUGCAACUUACGUUUUC